CUGAAGUUCCACUUGUCAACCAGAAGAAAUGCAACGAGGCAUAUACAUCCUUUUCUCCCAUCACUCCACGUAUGAUUUGCGCUGGUUUCUACGAAGAAGGAGGAAAAGACGCUUGCCAAGGUGAUUCGGGCGGUCCACUCGUCGCAUACAGCCCAGACGACGGAACACCACGUUUGGUCGGAAUCGUUUCAUGGGGUUACGGUUGUGCUCAACCUAACUACCCAGGCGUAUACUCCCGCGUUUUAGCUGCACGCGAUUGGAUCUCCGCCAACACUGGAAUCUAAGCAAUCACAUCUUCAUUGUGAGAUUUAAAUAAUAUUGGAUUGGAUUGGAUUGGAUUGGAUUGACCAUUGGCGUCAUUACCGUCAUUAUAAAGUCAAUCACAAUUUCGACCAUUUUUUUUGGUCAACGUCAUUUAAACAAACAUUUUGUAUGAUUAACUUAGAAUUUUCUUAACAAAACGAAAAAAAUUGAAUAAAAAAAUCCCAAGUAUUUUCAUUUAUAGCAAUAUCAUAAAUUAUCAAGUGCAACCUGAUUCACCAUGUGUAAUCUAUGCACUUUGUACACAACUGUAGAAAUAAAAAGCCUCUUAAACAAACUAUCAUUUAAAAAUAGGUUACAUCUGUAGAAAGUAUCUAGAUCUACAUUCCUCAAAAUAGUGAAGUCAAAACGAUGACAAACAAACAACAUGCAAUAUAUUUUGAGUUCCAUGCAAAGUAAGGAGUAUAAAAGCUACGGUUUACGGAAUAUAGUGAAUAGUAUCUGUCAAGCGUAUCGAUGACAACAAAACUUUUCUGAUUCACUGUUAAAUCGAUAGCCAAGAUGGAAGAAAUUCCUUAACAGUAAAAUGAAAUAUUUUAUAAAUUUGAAGAGAAAAGUCAAAGAGUUUAAUAAAUCCAUGUUGAUACAUGCAUGCAGUUACAAUAUGUAGGAACAACAACAACAGUAAAAUAUACUCGUAGUUUUCUACAAAAUAUUUUUGGGAAAAAAUGGGCAAAAUCUAUGAUAUCAACUAACUA